GGCGAGUCCUCCAAGGUGACGGAGCAACAACAAACAUGGCGGACGACAGACGAAAACCUUCGUCUCUCAAAGAUUUGCUUGAAACUAUAUACGAAGUUCACAGAAAGGAUAUCAAAACCUAUACAAGUGGUCAUCUUAAUUCUAGCAAGCUUUUAAAACCUCCAGGAGAACGUCAUGCAAGAUGGGAGACUUCAGAUAAACCACCAAUUCGACUCAAGUCGCCAAACCAACUUGUUGACCACCCAGUGAGAAGAGGGGAAUGCAGCUCAACAGAACUCAGGCACAAGACCAUGGCAGAUCGUCUUGUGGAGUUCAGUCUGGGGCCCACGAGAAAUAUUGCACAAUUCAAACCAGAAUCAAGGCCAGCCUCAGGAGACGAUGUUGAAGAAAUGCUUUUAAAAGAUGGUACAGAUACAUCAGGCAAGCUUGCCAAAGACAAAAUACAUGUUGAGGAGUUGCGUCUGCCAGAAAUAAUGAUACCAAUGACAAAAACCAAAGCUGGUAACCUCCCUGGGAAAUCAAAACCAGAAGAUGUGCACCAAGCAUUUGUUGAGACUUACCUGAGUUACCCAACCAAGGCAGACCAGUUCGCUAGCUUCAAGAGGUUUGGUGACCUGGUAAUGCAUCUCGGAGAUGCUCAUGAUCGAGGAGUGCUCACGGGAGAAAAGAAUGUUCGAAAUUUGGAACACAAGCUUGCAAAGCAACUAUCUUCCCUGGAAUCAGCAAGUCAGAGGGGACCAAACUUUCACAGACUUCAGAUAUACAACAGAUGUUUUGCUGAGAUCAUUGAAGAGUCCAAGACAUUCGGUCCUCUUUUAAAAAAGAUUAAAGAUGAGUAUGACAGCUACAUGUCAUAUUUGUUAGACACACAAAAGCCAUCACAGCACAAAGUGCUGUAUCAUCACAUUGACAGUCUCUCAGAAAAUCCAUCCAGCUCGGAUAAACUGAAGGAUGAAGAAAAGAGAGUUGAAACUCUGGAAAAGGAAGCAAGACACCUGUUAGAAGAAAAUGCAAGAUUGACCAAACUCCUUCGAGAAGAGGAGCAAAAAGCAGCAGAAGAGUUAGAAGCUAACAUUCCAGUUGAGCCCCAAACCAAAGUGUCAGUUCAUAUUGAAGAAGUCCCAAAAGACCUUGAAGAACAAGUAGAAGAAUUACAUGCCCAGAUUUUAGCUCAGCUUGAUACUAUUGAUGACAUUAAGAGACAUCAGAAGGAGUACUGUGUACCCAUUACUGUCUGUCAACAUCUUGAACAGUGUAUCAAGGAAACAGAGGUGCAAUCAAUGAAAUUGGAUCCUUAUAUAAAGUACAUAUUAGACACCAGUAUAUUGACAGUAGUGCUGAGGCUGCAGUCAAAUUCUGUUCUGUAAUUGUGUUUAAACGUAAUAACAUAAACUGCCUCUUAUAGGCCCCCCCACCUAAUAAUAAGCCCCUUGGUUAUAGGCUCAUCGAUCUGUAAACCCAAAAAUACAUCUGGUUAUAAGAUCCCACAGAUAUAAGCCUUCUCUAGCUUUCCUUGAUUUGAAUUCGUUUUAUUG